AUGAGCACUUUAACAAUGGCCACAGUGUUAGAAAGCGUAUAUGUGGAUCUCCUCUUUUCUCCCAGUCGCAACAAGCCGUUUUCAACCUCGACCGUGGUCGUCAGCACGGGCUCGUUGAUAGUUCGAGCACAGUCCUCGUCUCUGACAACUUCACAAUCCACUGCUACCCUUUUACAGCUUUUGACUUCGACUAGUUGGUUAACUUCCAGUGCCAAUAUCAUAACCAAUGCCAAAACCAAUGUAAUUUCCAGCCAGACCCAGCAAACGACCACAAGCGCUAUUUUGAUGGACAAGGUCUCGGAGGGACAAAAUGCUUCGUCCACCAUAGUCGCAUUGGCCAUAGGUUUGCCCUUAGGCAUUUUUUGUCUGGGAUUCGGUUUCGUCGUCUUUUUUCUGUGGCUACGCAAACGAAAGUACAACCGGUAUCCUGUUACGCCUUCGUUUUCCAAGUCCAGUGCACCCGCACCACGUCGAGAAUCCAAAAUAUGGACGCGAUUGUUCAAUCAGGAGCCGGGCCAGCACACCCAAAACUAUCACCGUCACUAUGACGAGAAAUAUAGUGCCGAGUCCUUUGUCUCUCUUCGUGAUACUAGUGCGACCAUCAAGUACAAGAUCACCUCUUCCAAUCCAACGUCACAGCAUGUGCAAACACCUCAAAAAGCUGUAUUUCCCGUUAAUGAAAGCUACAGUUCAAACCAGAUCAACACAUUCUUGUAUUCGAAACCCCCGCGCAUCCAAUCCAUCGGUUCUGCUUUGCCAAAUUUGUCCUCCGAUGCUUUGGGCGAAAGGCCAAACUUGCCCACGAACGGAACCUGGACCUACGAGUCGCCUCUGUCUCGGUGGUUUCUUACAAAAUCUACUUAUCUGCAAGACCAAGUCAAACAGCCCUUGAAGACAUCUACCGUCAAGCUGAAGCAGUUAAACAUUCUGUCAAGGGUUUCGAAAAACCGGAUUCAAAGCUUUCUGCCAGAUGAGACAUCCCCGAUUUUGAGUACAGCUCGAUCUCCUGUUUUUCAAGAAUCCUAUGUUACAAGCCAGCUGGAUCCUUUGGUGUUCAGAUCCUCUUCUCUGAAAUAUUCCAAGAAACAGGAAAAUGCGUCUUCUGACGAUAGAGGAACUAGAUACUUGAAAUCUGGAGAUAUUUCCAAAAUCAAUCCGUAUGCGCGUUCGAAAUUUUCAAAUAAUGUCAUAAAACCCCAGGUAAUUGACCGUUCUGGAAUCGAUACACGGGCAUUGUUAAAACCACUGGAUAUUCAAAGAAUUUCAACAAAAAACAGCGAAUCAGUAAGUCGACCCAUUUCAAACGGACGAAAAGUUAAACAACAUAAUCACGAGCUGAAACAACAUCUUCAACAAUUGGAGUCUGUCAAACCUUUGCCCUUGACCCCGAAAUCUAGACAGGCAUCGGAAAAUUUAGUCCUCGAAGUUGACGGAUGUGAAUCAAAUAAGGUGGUUUCCGCAACUAGUGCUUCCGACGUGGGGUUGCAUAGGAUACAUGUUGUAGUUCGCAGCUAUACGCAGAAACUGACUGAUGAAAUAACAGUGCGACCCCACGAACAUGUGCGUUUACUCGCUAGACAUACGGACGGAUGGUGCUUGGUUGAAAAAUGCAAGCCGAGUGGCAGCCCUCUUCACGAAAAUGAAGAUCCACAGCACGUUAAUAUUGACGGAGAAUUUUAUCUGAAUGAAUACCGCGGCAUUGUGCCCGGUGUUUGUUUGAAAGAGGUGAUACCUUCUCUAUAG